UUAGUGUCUGGGGGACGGGGUGUCUUGGCGGCGGUCACCUCAGGUCCUGGGGCUCUGGCAGUACGCGACAACCGCCUCCCGGCGGUAUAGCACUAGCGGGGCACCGCAACGGUGAGCGGCUUUGGAGCACGUCCGGACUUGUGAGGCUGCGUCGCGCGCGGAGCACUCUGGGACUUGUAGUUCUCGAGAUGGAGCGAGCGGUUCCGCACACUGUGCCUUUGGGUCAGGUGGAAGUGUUUCAGGCCCUGCAGCGGCUGCACAUGACCAUUUUCUCCCAGAGUUUUUCACCCUGUGGGAAGUUCCUGGCAUCUGGCAACAAUUAUGGGCAGAUAGCCAUCUUCAGCUUGUCUGCUGCUUUGAGCUCUGAGGCCAAAGAGGAAAGUAAGAAGCCCACAGUGACCUUCCAAGCCCACGAUGGGCCUGUAUACAGCAUGGUCUCCACUGAUCGACAUCUGUUCAGCGCUGGGGACGGGGAAGUGAAGGCCUGGCUUUGGGCAGAGAUCCUCAAGAAGGGCUGUAAGGAGCUAUGGCGCCGUCAGCCCCCAUACAGGACCAGCCUGGAAGUGCCUGAGAUCAAUGCUUUGCUUCUCGUUCCCAAGGAGAAUUCCCUCAUCUUGGCAGGGGGAGACUGCCAGUUGCAUACGAUGGACCUAGAGACGGGGACUUUCACUGUGAGAGGGCCCUGGAGCUGGGCGGCGGGGGCGGCAUUCUUUCUGGAUCGCAUUCUGACACUGCCCCUCUCCCUGCAGCGAGCCCUCCGGGGCCACACAGACUAUGUCCAUUGCCUGGCACUGAGGGAGCGGAACCCGGAGGUGCUGUCUGGUGGUGAAGAUGGGGCUGUGCGGCUUUGGGACCUCCGAAUGGCCAAGGAAGUCCAGACAAUUGAGGUCUACAAGCAUGAGGAGUGCUCGAGGCCCCACAAUGGGCGCUGGAUUGGAUGUUUGGCAACUGACUCAGACUGGAUGGUCUGUGGAGGGGGCCCAGCACUCACCCUCUGGCACCUCCGAUCCUCCACUCCUACCACCAUCUUCCCCAUGUGGGCACCACAGAAACAUGUCACCUUCUACCAGGACCUGAUUCUGUCAGCUGGCCAAGGACCCUGCGUCAACCAGUGGCAGCUGAGUGGGGAGCUUAAGGCCCAGGUGCCUGGUUCCUCCCCAGGGCUGCUCAGCCUCAGUCUCAACCAGCAGCCAGCAGCACCUGAGUGCAAGGUGCUGACAGCUGCAGGCAACAGCUGCCGGGUGGAUGUGUUCACCAAUCUGGGCUACCGCGCCUUCUCCCUGUCCUUCUGACCUCCGGCAGCCUCACUCCCCAUUCCAGGGGUCUGGACUAUUUUUUAUUUUUACAAAUAAAAUUUCAGGCUUUUCUUCCA